AUGAUCCCUGGCCUCUGUUCGCAACAACGCAACUCCAUCUCGCCGCUGACCAUCAUGCACACCAACCUCGGUACCCUUUUGACACUUGACUCCCCUCUAUCACAGUUCUGUACAUUCCUGAGUCUUGUGCAGGUCAUGUCCCAGCACUCACGAGCCUCACCACGUCUCGGAGCACUUGCUCUCGACGUCUUUUCACCUGUCUCAGACCUACGCCUUUGA